AUGAAGCAAGUGUUUAGAGCUAUUUCAAGGCCUGAAACUUUGAUGGGAGGUCUGAUGCGAGCUAAAUACUUUAGAGACAAGAAGUGGUGGAAUAUGAAAGCCAAAGAUAAUCAUUCAUGGCUAUGGAAGUGUUGGCUCAAAUCGGCAAAAUGGUUGAGGAGAGGGCUGAGAGUGAGAAUAGGGAAUGGUAAAGACACUUUGAUUUGGGAAGCACCAUGGAUUCCGACAAAUCCUCAUGUUGGACUUUCUCGAGAAUAUGCGGAUAAAGGAGGUUUGACAUGGGUGUCUCAACUUAUUCUUGAAGACAGAGUGGUGUGGAAUAGAGCUCUGAUCAGCAACACUUUUGAUCGAGUUGAUGCAGAAGAAAUAUUGAGCAUACCGUUGAGAAAUCUCAAUCAUCCGGAUACAGUGAUUUGGCAUUUUGAUGAGAAAGGACACUUCAGUGUUAAAUCUGCUAAUACUCUGAUAUCUAAUCUUACAGACAACCAGAGCACUCUCACUGUAGCUGAGAGUAGUUCCAGAGGUGCAGUGGAGAAAAAAAGAUGGAAAAGAAUCAGGGUUUUAGCUGUUCACAAUAAAUUCAAGUAUUUCUUGUGGAGGGUGAUCAGAUGA